AUGGCGCCGAAAAAGCUCACGGACUGUCCGGAAAAUCUCCGGGAGUCCAUCGACUGGUUGAUCCAGGUUAGGCAUGGGAAUGGUGAACAUGGUCUUAAGAACUUGGCCAAUGCUUUGCAAAGGUUGAUUCAAAAAGCUAUUGAUGAUGCUACUAAUAGUCUUGACAAAAGGAGAAAGGAACUUGAAUGUCCCCCAAAACAUUGGGAAACUACCUCCUAUUGUACUGAGAAGCAGAAUUCCAUUAAGGAUAUUGAGACUAAAAUUAAGGAACUUAAGUCUAAAGAUCCGCAACCUACAAACGAUUUAAAUGUCCACAAAUCCCAACUAUCUAUGUUUAAAAAAGAGAAAGAUGACCAUUUUAAUGAAGUUCAUUACCUUACUGAGGAUGCUAGAAACAGAGCCUUGGGGGAUAUAACUGAAAGGCAGAAUAAGCUAAAGGACCUUCAAAAGGAACUUGAAGCUUUUAUUGGUAAACAAGAGGUUAAAGAUGCAAAUGAAAUUCCUGCAAAAGGUAUUUUAGAAAACCUGUGUUCCGGUCUCCAAACAUUCUUGGGGUACGAUGAAACUUCCAAAGGCUACUCGGGUGAGGGCAUCGUGUACUCCGACCUUGACAGGCUCUGCGACGGGGUGAUGGCGUUCUUGCAAGGGGUUCUGGACACUGUAAAAGAUGAUAAUGUUGUCACUAAUUACGUUGUUAGUCCUGAUUUAAAUAGUGUUCUUGACACACUUACUAAAAAUAUUGGCACCGGGCGUAAAGGGCUUUCGGACUCUGUCGACAGUGUCAAGGGGUGGUUGGGGAAAUAUAAUGAGGAAGUUGGCAAGAAGACACAAGCAGUGACUGGACCACUUAGAGAACUUAAACGUGAGAUAGAUACAUAUAAACGUACUGUAGAAACAAUGAGAAGUGAUGAAGUUAGUAGGCAACAUGAUAAGUGGAAGGAGCAAGCUGAAAUGUAUUCUGAGCAGGCCACAUUGGCCAACAAUGCUUUACAAGAUCUCGACGACAAGCUGAAAGAUACGUUGAGAUAUCAUGUUGACAUUUUGUUGCAGGCAGUGAAAAGCUUCAAAAGGAUGGCGGACAAGGAUGAUAUGGUCAAGGUGUUGGAGCAGGUGGAAGAUCAUCGGCAGAAGAUUACGGACCAUUUUCAGAAUGUUCAUGAUACUGCAGAGAGGACUGUGAAGGGAUUCUUCGCAGAGGUUGAUAGAAAUAUGGGCGAGCUCGGCAGGUUAGUUGGCCUAGCCGGCGAAGCCAUAACCAACGCCGAGCAGAAAUUGGACACGUUGAUUAAGGAUGCCGGUAAGGCGCAUAACUUGGCACACUUGAAAGGGAAAACAGUCAAAAUACUUGAUGGGGAAAUUAAAGCAGAGUUGGAGUCUGCGGUUACUAGAUUAACCACUGCAGCGGGAACACCAAUGGAUGAAGUAUUUAAUACGAAGAUCAAAGGAGUGCUGACGAGGUUGGUCGAGAAAAUUAACGAGGCAAUCAAGGCUCUUGGGGGAGAAUUUAAGGAACUAAACAAACAGAAUAACGAUACAAUUAACGCAAUUGUUGGACAUAUCAGAGAAAAGAUCGAGAAAAUUAAAGGAAAUUCAGGAGGCAGAGCAGAAGGCCUUGCGCGAGCUGUGGAUAAUGUGCAGAAGUAUGCGGAUAAAUUCAAAGAGGGUAAGGAAGGGUUUGAGACCAUUGUCGAGGGGUGGCUUCGGAUGGUUUUGGAGAAGGAUGGUAUGAGUCAGGGUUUACUUUACGGGAAUGUUAAAGGAUGUAUUGCGAAAUAUGUUGGCGUUGGUGAAAGUUAUUUUAAGCAUGAAUACAAGCCGGGUAAAGAAAAGGGGGACGAAAUCAUUCAAGUUAUUAAGAAGAAAAUAACUGAGAAGCUUAAGAAGAUUCGCAAAGACCUUAUUCAGGAAUCUGGCCAAGCGGUAACAAAAAUUCUCGACGAAGUCACCGAUGGCACUACCGACAAGAUUCAGAAAUAUAUUCGUGCUGUAAAAGAUGGUUGCGACCAUUUUUCCACGCAGCUUGGAAUUAAGAUUGAGGAGAAGGAAUUUAUGGAUAGCUUUGCGCUAGAGAUAGCCAAGGCGAUUGAGACCGACAAAGAUGGUCUGUUUGACAGUCAUCCGUCUCCCACCGACGAUCCAAAUCUCAUCGAUGCCGUGAGAAUUGCUCUAGUUGCACUCUACGUCACCGCGAAGCAGGCCACAAAAGUGCUUGACAACUUCGCCCUCGACACCAACAGAGGCGGCACCAGCAUCGCAGGCACGGUGCAGGGGGCUUAUGAUAAAGCCGAAACACUCUACGGGUAUCUUCAGAAAGCCCUAGGUCAACCUGCGGGAUCCGCCGGUGGCACGAAUCAUGCAGCCGAAGUCGACCAGGCGAUUAAAGGAGUGAGUGAUGAGGUAGGGAAACUCAACGACACGUUCGCAUUUUACGUUAAACAUGCCCUUGAUGAUGCGGUCCGCGAUGUUACGCAGCCGUUGGGGGAUUUAAAAGACUUCGCCAGCGAACUGAACGGGAGUGAUGGCCUCCCGAAACUAGUGAAGCAGCUGGAAGUGCUGAAAACGGGACUUGAAAAUGGCACCGGCGCAGACGGGCUUAAAGCAUUGAUCGGAAAAUGCAAGCAGGCUAACCAGGAAGCCAAGGGGUAUUUGGAUAAGCAGCUGACCGAUGGUAUUAAUAAGGCAAAGCAAUACGCUGAAGAAUAUAUCAAGGUAGUUGCAAAAAAGGUCAUACAAAUGGUAUCCGAAGCCUCCGCGCAAAUAAAUAAUACCGCCAAGCAGGAAUAUUCCCAAUCCAUGGAGAAGGAAUUUACUCUCUUGAAAGAAAUCGUGGAUAACCGUAGAAAUGAAAUCGAAAACGAUAUCUACUUCGACUCCAUAAGCGUGAUGAAGGGGUUAUUGAAGGAGAUGAAUAAUAAUAUUAUUAUCCUAGAUACUCUUAACAGUAAAGUGGAUUUCGUCUCGAGAGCCAUCCGCAUAUCUCCCUUCCUCACCAAAAUCCUAGAUUACGUCCGCGACGAUACUAAAAAAACCGAUCCAAAUUUCGAAGGUAUUAGCAACGUAAAUGUUCAUGUUAAGAGCCUAUUCGUUGAAUUGUCUCAUAUUAAACACUUCUCCCACGAAGUCUCCAACAGGCUCUCCAUGUUAUCCGAAAAAGUCCACAACCUCCAACCCCAAGACCUCCCGGACGCAGGACGGCCCGUGCUCACGGCGCUGAAAGAUGGGAUGGAGAAAUUUAUCGAUCACUUGCAGAAGCACUACGUUUCGAGGUAUUCGAUGCAGCAGUGGCAGCCAGAGGAGGGAGAGAAGUAUGCGAAGGUGUGCUUGACGAUUAUGGAGACGGUGUUCCAUGAACUCUAUUGGCUUCGGCGUGGGUGUAGUAACAAGAAUAACCAUAACAAACAAAUUAUUUUAGCCGAUGGCAAUAAACUUGGGGCCGCUUUCAAGAAGCAUGGCUUCGACGUAUCGAAGGAUGCCAAGACGCAAAAUGGCGAAUUGAAGAGGGACAGGAAUGCCGGUGAAAUUCAUACACUCCUUGUCAAGAGCAGCAAUGAUGGAAAACAUCUCUACACUAAUGACGAUGAAAAGGAAGAUGCUGGGCCACUUAAAACAUUUCAUGUACACCUUGAAGAAUACUUCCAAGUCUCUCACCACCGCAUUCCUCCGAAACCAAAGUCACCGUCCAACAUCUAUGAAAUGCUGCAAUGGCUCUCUGGGCUUCGUUGGAAUACGAUGUACAACAAACUGCAAGGGCAUUUCACAAAGAUGUUUGAAGAAUUAAUGGCAGAAUAUAAAUUACACACUGAAGCAUUACCAGUCGCCGUGCCGCCCAAAAUGAGUGAGACAAUUAAAUCACCUCUCACAGCAAGCCACCUUAACAAUGAACUUCGCAAAGUCUGCUCACGAUCUCACCAAACACUUAUCGCCAUCCUUGGCCACGGCCACACCGACGGUAUAUAUGCGUGCGAUUACUUCAACAACUCAAAUAAUUUCUUAUAUCCCGGUAGCGCUUCUUCGUGUUUCGAUACGCUCGUAGAAAUUAUCAAUCUAUUGUAUCCGCAGAUGUGCUUCUUAUAUAAGAUGUGCAUAAAUGGGCCAAGUAGCAGCGGUUGGGCCGAGUGCCAAUAUGGGAGAUACGUCGGCGGUUCCGAUUGGCUGUGCAAUAAUAAGCAGUGUGCCAACCAAAAGUGUAAGCUAAACGCUAACCUAAGCGCCAACCAAAGGGCCGACCAAACGUGUGACCAACAUCCCAACUGCGGUGUAAAAUCCCCUCUACAAUCCUUUUUAGAAGACGGUUUGCAAGGCUUUUUACCACAUUCCUUUACUAGUCCUGGUUGUAAGCUUACGUGUACCGUGACCAACCACUUUGGUAAGCCGUGUCUUACUCCUAUGGGUUUUGUUGAUAUUGGUGUUGCCGCAUCGCAUACGAAAACAGGUGGGGAACUCAAGGAAGUUCUUUUCGAUUUCUGUGGUGACGCAAGCAAACCACUGAGCACGCUGUGUAUUGUGCUGAACGGCCUACUUCGCCGACCGCCGCAGACCCUUGGUGAUAUGUUCGCGUUUUACCAUGUAUUCCUUCAGAAUUAUAGUAGAGAGGGUACUAAGCAUAGAAUCACUGCAUUUAAGGAAGCCGUCAAAAAAGCGUAUUUUGGCAACGAAUACACCGCGUUGACAAUCACUGCUAUACAACAGACCAAAUCGCAUGACCAUAGCAGCAACAGCCACCAAAACGGUGACCUGUAUACGCUGGUUGAAUGCAACAAUGCGAAGUCCUCCAACAUUCCAUCCCUUCCCUGUGGAUCAUACUUGCAGCCCCUUACAUUGGAUGCCCGAUCCAUGAGUACCGAAAAGCACGCCGAUUACUACCUUUCAUGGAUUGUGUAUGUAACAGGAACGUUUUACGAUUUACUCAAAACACUCUACGAAGAAUGUUGCAAUAAUUGCAACAAGCCAGGCACCAGAUGCUAUGAUAAGUGCUGUGUAGAGAAAUGCCCAGUAAAGGGCGCCUACGUAGCUGAAGAACCGUCAAAGAAACUCUCGACCGCAAAACAUACAUCGGAAUGCCACUCCAUUGUGAAAUGUCAAAAAACCCAUCCGACUCUUUACAAAUAUGGAUUCACAUUCGAAAGUCCACACAAACUCAGCGGAAAUGAUGGUAUUGAGAAGCAACGUUCAUGUAUAGAUUUUUGUAAGACACUAGAGAAAGUAAUUGGCGAUGGAUGUCUUCUAGUAAAACUCAUCAAAGACAUCGAUGAUUUCAUUUGGGAGAUACGACAGAAAUUCUCCAUAACACUGUUAGCCCUCUGGUCCCUCUCCUUGCUCUACCUGCUGCACAUCACCGUCGUCCGCCUCGACGUCUUGAGGAUACGCUCCCACCUAAAAUCACCUUCAAGCCACAGGAUCGCCGCACAGUCCCUCCUCGCCGCCGCACGCGUCAAGGCACUCGCCAACGUCAAGUACUUCUCACCGUGA